AUGAAGAAAGGAUGGGAAAAUCUAACAAUCAAAAUAGGAAAAAUACAAAGUGAAUCAAACUACAAUGUGUACAAAAAUAAUAAUCAACAAGAAGGGUUAAAAGGAAAAGAAAAAGGAAAGAAGAGAGCAGAAGUCUCAAGGGUCUGCGGGGGAGGGGAAAAAUCGCGGUGGCCCAAAUGCAGGGCCCGCGGUGGUCAUCAGCGUAGCGACCUGGGACCCCAACGAGGCACUUCACGGUGUUGCUGGCUUGGUGUGGUGGUCAAGAGGGGAGGAGAAGAUUGGCAAAGGGACGACCGCGGUGCUAGAAGUUGGUUGUGCGACAUGGCUAGGGCUUGGGUGGUUUACAAUGACUGGGUUGCGGUGAGUGGGGGUGCUUGCGGCGCGACCAAAGCCCAUGAUGGUUGGUCGCGCGGUGAUAUGGGUGGCCCGCGAUGGUAG